AUGUCAUCAGAGCACGGAGAGUUAGAAGGGCACGGCUCUCGUAUGGAGAGAAUGGAAGCGAAGGUAGAAUCCACCGGAGAUGAAAGAGACCGGACUGCUGUUACCCGUAUGGUGGAAGUGAAUGACAAGCCCUUCCUCUGUGGGUACGUUAAUGAGGCCAACGGUCUAGAGUAUCACCAUGUUAUCUCACAGACUAAUGAUCGAACACAACAGUCAGAGCUCAUAACUAAAUACCAUCGGGAAGCUCAAACAUGUACCACUAGGACGAGGCAUAUACAGACGAGGCGGGAACAGGGUACUAGCAUGCCUCGACGGCUCAAUUUACCUGAUCUUACUCAAGAUGGGGAUAGGAUAAUGAUCCCUAGGCCUUACUUCAGUAGUGCCGACAGAGACGCUCUACUAGCAGAGAAGGUUAUCAUUAUACAGUCCCAUACCCGUGGUAUGAUGGCUAGAAUACGCUGCCGGCAUCUCCGAAUUGAGAGGGAAAAGUUUGAGAGACAACGACAGCGUGAGGAGGAAGAAGCCAUCAUUGAGGAUGAACUUAUACGUAGACGGGAGGUCGAACGCAGACUCCAUCCAAGGACAUAUGAUGACUUCAUCACUUUGUACAAUGAGGUGGAGGCAUGGAGACGGAACGAGACAAGACGUAUAAAAGAGUGUGCUCUGUCAAAGGAGGAGCAGCAGGUGGCGUUGAAAGAGUUACUUGACAAGGAGGUCAAACUAUUACAGACAAUAGAUCGAUUGAAGUUACAUGCUCAUAAACACAAUAGGAGCACUAAGAUCGACAGGAAACUAGAGGCUAUGGCUAGACCCAAGGUAUGGACACAGAGUGAUGGUGAUAGCACUCUCGUGUACACACCCUCUACUACGCGGGCCAAGGAGUACAUGGAUCUGUAUAAGGCUCUACGGCUCACCACACUUACUACCAAUGAGCGAUUGGAUCUACUACUACACAUUAAAUGGGCUGUGAAGACCUACCCUUGUGAAGUGACUGCUGUCUUGGCUGAGCUCCUCGACCGUGAAGCAGAUCUACUGAAUCGUGGUAGAGGCAGUCGUAGCUUGAAGGGUUUGCGAGAGAGGAUAUCCAAUCUCUUCUUCGACUACAUCAGCACACCUAAAGUGAAUCCUGAAGCCCAACUCUUUCAUAGACUUCCUCCCACGACCAGUGAAUAG